AGUUGUGGACUGCUCACCUAUUAACCCAAUGGAACAAAAAGUAGUUCUCAUCACUGGCUGUUCAUCAGGAAUUGGACUCAGCCUUGCUGUGCAGCUCGCAUCCAAUCCUUCCAAAGCAUAUAAAGUCUAUGCUACCAUGCGCAACUUGGACAAGAAACAACGUCUAUUGGAGACUGUAAGAGGAUUACAUGCGGAUACUAUGGCCAUUCUCCAGAUGGAUGUUACAGACCAGCAGUCCAUACUUGAUGCUAAGGGGAAAGUUACAGAGGACAGAAUUGACAUUCUGGUUUGUAAUGCAGGUGUAGGUCUGAUGGGACCUCUGGAGACCCUCUCAAUGGACACUAUACGUGACGUCCUAGAGGUCAACCUGCUGGGCACCAUUCGCACCAUACAGACCUUUCUACCGGACAUGAAGAGAAGAAGAUGUGGAAGGAUCUUGGUAACCGGUAGCAUUGGAGGACUGCAGGGUAUGCCAUUCAAUGAUGUUUACUGCGCUAGUAAAUUUGCAGUAGAGGGCGCUUGUGAAAGCCUGGCUAUUCUGCUUCAACAUUUCAAUAUUCAUGUGAGCCUGAUUGAAUGUGGACCAGUCAACACAGAUUUUUUCAUGAACCUGAGGAGAACAGAGCCCAGCGAUGAGGUGCUGGACACUGAUGCAUACACACGAACCCUGUAUGAGCAAUAUCUGCAGCACUGCCAGUCCGUCUUUCAGAAUGCAGCCCAGGAUACUGAUGACAUCACACAGGUGUAUCUGGAGGCAAUCCAAGCACAGACUCCAUUGCUCAGAUAUUACACUAACAGGGCCCUGCUACCCAUGAGCAGCCUAAAACUUUCAUCCCUGGAUGGCUCUCAGUACAUCAGAGCAAUGAGCAAGCUCAUCUUCUCUCCACCUAAACCCAAUACAGAUGAACAGAUUUAA